CGGCCGACUAUAUAAGUCUCCUCGUGUGCCCUCUUUUGCUUGUUCACCUCGAGGAAUUGUUCACUGUGAGACGUCUGUUGGAAUUGCUUCGGUAGGAGAGGCGCUGGACUUCGUCACUGGGUUGUUUUUGCGCGUGUUCUAAUUCAUUCAUUAAUUUUCAACAAUUUUAAUUUCGCCAGAGACAGUUUUUCGGGAUUGUCGCUGGUCAUUCAUCCACUCGUUUUUAUUUUCUUUCGUACUUCAAUAUUCUUCGCAAUUUGAACAGGAAUUGUUUCCGGAGCGGCCUUCUUCCAGCUUUCGGGAAACGGUUUUUUGGUUUUUCUCGAGUCCCCAGUUUUCAGGUAUUCAAACCCGUCAUGACUCUGUACAAAUUGUCAUUCGACCCUGCUGCUGUAUCGCAGAAUGGGUCAAAAGUGGAGGCCAAGGUCGAAGGCACCUCGGCUUCUGUGCUGCUGUUGCGUCACAAAGACCAAUUUUACGCUACGAGCUCCAAGUGUAGUCAUUACGGUGCUCCUUUAGCCAACGGUUGUCUAAAUGGUAACGGUUCGAUUGUAUGUCCCUGGCACGGUGCUGCUUAUAACAUUGAGACUGGUGACAUUGAAGAUUCACCGGCACUCAAUGCCUUGCGCCGUUUUCCUGUUGUAGAAAAGGCGGCAGGCGAGCUUUGGAUUGAUGUACCGGACACUGAUGGUCAACAUGGACUCUCGCUUUUGACACCAGAAGGUUGUUGGAGAAACAGAGCAUCUGAAGUGUACAAAAAGCCUCCUGGGACUAGCACACCCACAAAACGCCAAGUCUGUAUCGUGGGCGGCGGACAAGGCGCAGCUGUUGCAAUUGAGGCAUUACGUGAAAAUGGUUAUACAGAUGCCAUUACCGUUUUCACAAAAGAAUCCGUGCUUCCUUAUGACCGGCCAAAGCUCUCCAAAUCCCUCAUGCAUGACAUGAACAAAAUCGGUCUCCAAAAAAGGGAACACUACGAAGCUUUGGAUAUCGUCUUCCACUUUUCCAGCGAGGUGAACAAAAUCGACGUGAAAAACAAAAUCAUUUACUAUGGAGAGCAAGGAGACGAACAGUCUUAUGACUAUGUAAUUUUAGCAACAGGAGGUGUCCCCCGUGCUCUCCCGAUAGAAGGAGCUGAUGCAAACAAUGUGUAUCUGUUACGUUCCCAACACGAUGCGGCUCGUCUUGCUGCCGCUACCACAGAACUCCCAGAGUCUGCUGGUAGAAAAAACAUUGUCAUCGUCGGCAGCAGUUUCAUUGGUUUGGAGCUUUCCGUUGUCUUGAAGGAUCACAAUCUCUCUGUCAUUGGCAUGGAAAGUGUACCGUUCGAAAAGGCCAUGGGUCGCGGCGUCGGCAAUGUCGUUCGUGCUUUGCACGAGGAGAACGGCGUGCGUUUUUACAUGAAUGCCGGUGUCUCUGAGUUUGAGCGCUCUGAUCCCACGAACGAAAAUGUUGAUGCUGUUAUUUUAAAGGACGGCACGAAGCUUCCUGCUGACAUCGUUAUCUUGGCCAUUGGUGUGAAACCCGAUCUUUCUUACUUAGGUGAUGCCGUGCCGCUGGAAUCGGAUGGCGGUAUUGCUGUAGAUGAGCAUUGUCGGGUUUUAGGUCUUGAAGACGCCGGUGUGUAUGCCGUUGGUGACAUUGCACACGCACCCUUUUCGAACUUGCCUGUUGAAAGAGGCGGAAAAACACGCACACGAAUUGAGCAUUGGGACGUGGCCGGCAAUCUUGCUCGCGUAGCUGCCAACCAUAUUGCUUUUGGAAAGACUUCAAGCUUUACUACAAAGUCUUUCACGCCUUUCUUCUGGACUGCACAAGGAAAACAAUUACGUUAUUGCGGCAAUACUUCUGCGGCUGGUUACGACGAUAUCGUUCUGCAAGGUUCUUUUGCCGACAAUAAGUUUACAUGCUUCUAUGCAAAGGGCGAAAAAAUUGUCGCUGUUGCUAGCAUGAUGACGGACCCGGCCGUCACUGCUAGUAGCCAACUUCUACUUAGUGGUAAAAUGCCUUCGAAGUCGGAACUGCAAGCUGGUCUUGACGUACGUACCAUUCCGUUGUAAGUAUGGACGACGAUAUACACUUCCCUCUAGGAGCAGUUAAUUGGGUCAAGCAAAAAACGGGUACGGUUUUACCCGCCGGGAACCCAUGACAUGACUUUAUGAAUGUUAUUGCUAUGCUAUAAUGGCUAUGAGUGACUGGUUACUCUCUACACAAAACAAGCAAAGCAAUGAAUAAGUAGUUUACAAAAUGUAUCUCUAUAUGUAAUAUAUAGCAAGUUUAAUUCUGUAGUACACCUGUUACGGCCGUCCAUCCCGCAAUUGAUUGUACAUUCAUUUUCAUUCUAGCUAUAAUCC